AUGAAGGAUGUUUCUGAUGGCUUCCUGGUGAAAAAUCCAUUUGUGGUUAAAGAGGUUGGUAUUGUUGCCAUAGUUCACAACCCGCCUAAGUUCUUGUUUAGUAUCCUCUCAUCAUUCCAUGAUGCAUUUCCAAGUUCUAGAGAUGGGUUUUCUCCUCCAAUCAGUAACAUGCUUGGAUCCCAAGCCUCCUUAAGAUUCGGGAAGAGAGACAAGGAGUUGUAUGUAUUGCAUGAUGUGGCUAGGAAUAUGCUGAGAGAUGUUUUAGCAAGGACUAUCCUACCAGCCAAGUUCAUGAAGUUAGUUUUCCAGCCUGCUACUACCAAAGAGCUAAACCUUGACUUGUUCCUCUCUUCUCAAAAAUUAGCCGCACCACUCCUCUCCUUCACUGUUGCCGUCUCAGGCAAGAAGCCGCCGGCGAAGCCACCCUCUCUCUCUCCUUUUCCGGAGGAAAACCCAACACUGUCGAGAACCCCUCUCUUCUUCUCCUCCCAUUCUCCCUCCGCCUUUUUUUCUUCUACGUACGAUAAGGCCACAGCAACAGGAACGCCACUCCGACUAGUUGUUCCGCCGGCUAAGAAACCAGGCUAUAGCGAAGCCUCUCUCCUCCUCUCUUUUCUUUUUUUCGGCGACAGCGACCCCGACUCCAGCAAGCCAGCAGCCAGCAGAGGCCGCUCCGACCGUGAAGAGUCGGGUGGACUAGAAGCAUCAAGGCUUGGGUUUGCUAAAGAAGAAUCUAUCCCGUCCAGGUUCUCUAGCUUUUUUAAAGUUAGAAGAAAGAUCGAUACUCGCUUGAGGUACGUGGUUCGUGCAUUAGCGCAAGGUAGGGACGGACCUAGAAAAACUAUAGUGCACAUGAUAUUAGCAAAGAUCAUGAGUAGUCUGUCUGCACGUGUUAAUGGUAGAAUACUUUUUGAAGAAUGCAACCUUUUGGUACAAUUGUGGGCCAUUGAACAAUUCUAUAGACGACUUGACAUAAUAGAUCUUCUUAAUGGUAUGAGCAACAAAAUUGAUAGACAUCCAAAAAGAGAGGAAGCUUUAUCGCUCUCGUAGCAUUCAUGAUAUUUUUAGUAGUACACAAUGACUAUCACGUUCAAUGGAUAUGCUUCUCUUCGAGUACUCCGUCAAUUUGGACAAGUUCAAAUGAUACCAUUGCAAUCCAAUAUGGAUCAUUGUAUGACUUUGGACAAAAUU